AUGAACCUUGAUCCCGCAUGGGAGAAGAAGAUUCUUGCCGAUGUAGCUAAUUUAAGAGUUGUGCUUGCACAAAAAGCUGAUAAGUCAGCUGUUGAACAGAUUAACAGAUAUCAAAAUGAAAUUACAAACCUAAGAAUUACAAAUGCUACUCGACUUGAUCUUUCUAACAAGAAUCCUGAUGAUCCUGAAGUUAUUUGCCAAAUGUGCAUCGAUAACGAUGAUAUGGAAACUGCAUUCUUGACUAUUCUAAAGCAUAUUGAAACGCUUUCAUCUACAAAAGCAGAGGUUAAAGCUGUAGAAAAGAAAGCAUCAAAAAAAUACGUUGAAGGCUUAUUUGAAAGAUUAAAUAGCAUAAAUCGACAGCAAAUACAAGAUGCUAACGCUCAUUUAAGAGACACUCUUGAAGCUAAACUAAAUAGACUCAAUAAUGCAUUCGACGACUUUACAAGAAAAGUAAGUAAUCACAUCGACGAUUGUCACUCGAGAUGUGAGCAAUUAGAAGUAUUUGUUCAACAUGCAAAGGAAGUUACACAGCGUAGAAACGACACUCCUAAAAACUCAUCAAAUAAUACCCCAACAAAAUCUCCUCAUAUAGUUAAAAGAAUGUCUUCACAAUUUGCACGGCCAUCUACUCAUGUGGGAAUUAGCACUAAACAAAAAGAUUCAAUGCUUGUUGUAUUUUCUUCAAUAUAA